CAGGAGGCGCCGGCGCCGGCGCCCCCAAGAUGGCGGCCUCCAUGUGCGACGUGUUCUCUUUCUGCGUGGGCGUGCCGGGCCGGGCCCAGGUGGCGGUGGAAGUCCGCUUCGUGAGCAGCUCCAAGGGAAAGGGGCUGUUUGCCAAGCAGCUGAUCCGGAAGGGGGAGACCAUCUUCGUAGAACGGCCUCUGGUGGCUGCACAGUUUCUCUGGAAUGCACUUUAUCGCUACCGAGCCUGUGACCACUGCCUUCGGGCACUGGAGACGGCGGAAGAGAACGCCCAGAGGCUAACCGGAAAACCAGGCCAGGUUCUGCCUCACCCAGAGCUGUGCAUCGUACGGAAGGACCUCCACCAGAACUGUCCCCACUGCCAGGUGAUGUACUGCAGUGCAGAAUGUCGGCUGGCAGCUGCUGAGCAGUACCACCGGGUCCUGUGUGCAGGGCCGUCCCAGGAUGACCCCCUGCAUCCUCUCAAUAAGCUGCAGGAGGCAUGGAGGAGUGUUCACUAUCCGCCUGAGACUGCAAGCAUCAUGCUGAUGGCCCGGAUGGUGGCCACGGUGAAGCAGGCUAAGGAUAAAGAUCGUUGGAUCAGGCUCUUUUCCCAGUUCUGUAACAAAACAGCCAAUGAGGAGGAAGAAAUUGUCCACAAACUCCUGGGGGACAAAUUCAAGGGCCAGCUGGAUCUUCUGCGGAGACUCUUCACAGAGGCCCUGUAUGAGGAAGCACUCAGCCAGUGGUUCACUCCAGAUGGAUUCCGGUCUCUCUUUGCUCUUGUUGGGACCAAUGGCCAAGGAAUCGGGACCAGUUCCCUGAGCCAGUGGGUGCAUGCCUGUGAUGCUCUGGAGCUGAAGCCUCAGGACCGCGAACAGCUGGAUGCCUUCAUUGACCAACUGUACAAGGACAUUGAAGCAGCAACUGGCGAGUUUCUUAACUGUGAAGGAUCUGGCCUCUUUGUGCUUCAGAGCUGCUGCAACCACAGCUGUGUUCCCAAUGCAGAGACCUCCUUCCCAGAAAACAAUUUCCUUUUGCAUGUCACCGCCCUGGAGGAUAUUCAGCCAGGAGAGGAAAUUUGUAUCAGCUACUUAGACUGCUGCCAGCGGGAGCGCAGCCGCCAUAGCCGCCACAAGAUCCUCAGGGAGAACUAUCUGUUUGUGUGUUCCUGCCCCAAAUGCCUGGCAGAGGCUGAUGAACCCAAUGUGACCUCAGAGGAGGAGGAGGAGGAAGACGAGGAGGAGGAAGGAGACCCAGAAGAUGCAGAGCUGGGGGAUGAGAUGACUGCUGUGUGAUACUGCCCUGCCCAGAAGGGGCCCUACCCUAGUCCCUGCCAGAAAAGGGGGCCCUUCCUCUAGAAAAGGGGCUUGGAAGGAAGUCCCCACCCUUGUUGCCUGCUUUUCCCCCAUUCUAGCCCUGUCUCUGCCAGAGGGUAGGACAGAGGAUGGACCCUAGGCCCUCCACCCUCACCAGACCUCACGCCCUAGACACUGCUGCUGAGUUGGCUCAGGCUGUGCACUCUCACUGAGCCCUUCAGAAUCAGCCUCCCCUUAAGGCACUCCAUUCUGGGGUGUGAGGGGCUGGAUCCAAGAUCGAGGCCUAACCGUAUUUCUUCGUCUUGGCUCGCUGCCUACCCUUACCCAUCCAUCUGAGUUCUCCCCUCUCAACUUGCUGUUUUAUUUUGAGGGGGGUAACAAAGUGGCACAGCCUUGAAAACCCUGUGGAGCAGUUCUACUCUGCACACAUGGGGUUGCCACGAGUUGGAAUCAACUGGACGGCAACUAACAACAACGAAGUGGCAAAUCUGAGAAUAGCCUGAUUUUACUGAAGCAGAAAUGGGAAGGGAGUGAGGCUCGCUCCCCUUCUUCCCCAUCUCCCAUCCCACCUGCCACAGUUAAUAGCUGAUAAGACAACUGCUGGGAGUGGCACCAAGGAGGAACUGGGCCUCCAGAGCACCUUCCCUAAGGCCCUCUGAUGGGGACACGGCAUCAGGAAGAGGGACAUUACUUUCCUCUUUGCCUCUUUCCUGCCAUUUGGACAUCUGGGAUAGUGGAGAUGGCCCCUUCCCCAGAUACCAGAAUCUCUGUACCUUGUGCCUUGCUCUCAGGCCCUGGCACAAUGGCUGGCCCCAUGGGGUAGAGAAGAGACCUGGCCUUCCUCAGAUGAGGCAUGUGAGGAUCAUCACCACUUCCUGCUGAGGACUCCAGCAGCAUGGCUGAGACCUGAAGGAUGACAGGCCUGUGCUCCUUAAUUUAGGAUGUUCUAGAGUCUUACCUGGGUCAGUGAGAGGCUCUCCUGGCCUCAAUUUUUAUCUUUAGGGUUUCCAGAGAGGAACACUGAAGUCUUCCAGAAACCCAGAGGAGCUGGACUAGAAACUCUGAGAUUAGUCCUGACUGUAUCCCCUUCUUACUCAUUUAGUGCUACCCAUUGUUCUCUAGUUGGGUACUGUGGGAAUUACAGCCCAUCACUCCCAAUUUCUUCUUGCCUACCUUCCCUGAGGGGCUUGCCACAUCCCUCUUCUGAGGGAUCCCAGGAGGGCAGGUGCCCACCACAGACCUUUUCCUGGAUCAUGGAGCCUGGUGGAACCCGCCUGUCGGGCCCCCUCACCUAUUGCGUUCUUCACAGCAGCCAACAGCCCUCUCC